AUGGCAACAGAGUGUGAAGAACUCGGCGGAAGCUUCAAUCCUGAGGCGUUCAAUGCUGCAGUUACAGUUGCAGUAAAGCAUUCAUGGAUCCAUCAAAAACUCUGUCGAAAAACUGAGGGACGCAGCCUUAGAGAAAUUCUAUCCGAAAGGGAAAGUACUCUUUCCAGAGAAGUUCUCAGUAGUGUUACACCCGGUGGGGAAAAUACUCUUCUCCAUUUGGCUGCUAGUUUAGGAAAUGUAAGAUUCGUUCAAGAGUUCCUGGAACUCAACCUUAAACUUGUGGACAAUAUCGAUACCGAAGUCCAGUCUCUGCUUGUGAAGGCUACCAAUGCCCAAGGAAAUACUGCGUUGCACUUGGCUGCUCAGGGAGGUUUCUCCGACGUCGUUGAGGCUCUACUCCGACAACAAGAAAAUGGUGUCAAUGUCUGCAACAAGCUUGGAGAAACACCUCUGUUCAAAGCUUACGAGAGCGGGAAUUUAAAGACAGUGGAGGCACUGUUCGCCAAAUGUCCGUCGAAUCUACUCUCGUUUGCCAAAGGCACUGUUUGCAAUUUAGACCCAAAGACGGAGGGCAAGAGAACCUGUUUAACAGUUGCAAUCAACAGAGGAGAUUCAGAUCUGGUGCAUCAUAUACUAGAAUUAGAUAAAUCAGGUAAAUCAAAUUAUGCAAGGCAAUUAAUCCAAGAAAGGGACGAAUAUGGCAACACAGCUCUGCAUAUAGCUGUUGGAAGUAACUACAAGGAUAUAAUAAAGAAGCUGAUAGAUUUUGAACCCAAACUAUGCUAUUGGGUUAAUGACAGCCAAGAAACUCCGCUUUGUGUGGCGGCGAAAUUGGGGCAUCUGGAAGCAGUAAAAAAGUUGAUAAAGAAAAGGCCAGAUGCUGUCGAAAUACGGAAUAGUUGUGGAAUGAACGUGCUACAUUUAGCUGCCCAAGUUAACCAAGCGCGAAUUGUUGAUUGGCUGAAUGAAAGGGUAGGCUUAUCAUACUUGGUCAACCAGGGACUUGACAAUCCUCCAGAGGAAAAGAGUGGAGGAAAUGCAGAUCCGUCUGAAAAAAAUGAUCCUUUUUCAGAGAUAAGUAGAGGAGACACACCUCUGCACAUUGCAGCAAGGAAGAGAAGCUUGAAUAUGGUCAAUUCGUUGCUGCGUAUAAAGGGGAUAAACAAAUUUGCCGUUAACAAGGAAGGCUUAACGGCCCUCGAUAUUGUGAGAGAGAACACAGAGUACCACGAAUCCAACAGAAUAAUUGCAGUGCUGUCUAAUUAUCCUUCCAAGCGCAAGCCUUUCCUGUACAGCUCUCCAAAGGUUUGCGCACAGAAGUACGAGAAUGCCAUUCAAAUGGUGAACAAAGCAUAUGAUGACAGGCGCAGCACAGAAUUAGUGGUGGCAGUGUUGUUAGCCACGAUGGCUUUUACGGCGGCUUUCACUGUCCCGGGCAGUUUUGUAUCGGACGAUGGGAAUGGAAAUAAGAGUUUAGGCUCGCCGAUUCUGCUCGGAUUGCGCUCCUUCAAGAUUUUUCUCAUCUCUGACUGCCUGGCAUUCUUUCUGUCGCUCUUCGUGGUACUGAUGUGGCAGAUGAGUACACCAAUCACCACAGGAAAUAAGAUAUUGUUCGUCUGUAUUACCAACCUAUUGGUUUGUGCCACGUUUGCCUUUACGGCCUAUGGCUUCAUGGCCGCAGUGUAUUCCAUGCUUGCCAACGACGCUCCCAAGCUGGCUUGGUUCAUUCUUGGGGCGUGCUUGAUCAUCUGCUUCUGUGGUAAUUUCACCUUUUUGUACAUGGGUACAAAGUUUUUCGUGACGAAGGCCCGAUUUAACCACCUGAAUGGUCUAACUCCUCUAUUCCCUGACCGUGUGGGGAAGUGGGUAUGGAAGAAACUAGAGAGAUGGGGGCUUUUAACCUUUCUGCGCCAGUCGGAAAAGAAGUGGCUGGACAUCUUUUACUUCUGGCGUACCCAGGACAAACAUAUAGCUACGAUAUAG